AUGUCUCUUGCGGCGUGCAGGUCUCGCGCGGAAUGGUUGCUAGGGCGAGUGGGUCUUGCGCUGGCGGGAACUCGCGCGGGAUGUUCGCUAGGCGAGCGGGUCUCUACGGGUGCACAUGCGAAAUACUCAUGCGACGCUCUUGCGCGAGCAAGCGGGUCUCAGCGGGCACUCGGGCGAGCGGGCCUCUGGGCGCGACUUCUAAUGAGUGCCCGAAGUGCUCGCGUGGGCGAGUGGGUCGCUGGGCGCGAGUCUGCUCUCGGCAAUGGCACUGAUCCUUGGCAAACACUUGAACAUUUGUCGUGCAACAACAGAAUUCCUCGGGCUCUUUUCACUAUUUUCGGAAUCAGUGGGAAACUUGUGCUCAAAUGCUCAAAAAUGGACAAAGACAGAUUUUUCGCCAGAAUCCAAGUAUUGCAAACAAUGUUCUACAGAGGCAAAUAUGCAGACCCCGGCGACCCGCGCGAGAUGGGCUUCAAGCGCCAGCGCCUGCUCGACCACGGCCCAUCCUCCUACUACACCCCCGGCCCAAGCUACAUGUACGUCGAGGUCUUCCGCAGCCGCCGUGACGAGUACUACCGGGCUGUCGCAAAUGAGGUGUACGAAGCGGACGCUCGAGGCGGGUCGCCCCGUCGUGGGGCCCGCACGCGGGAGGAUGAGAAUGAGAGAGAGAGGGAGAGGGAUAGGGAGAGGGAGAGGGGAGACCUGUUGGAGUUCGGGGGAAUGGUGAGAAUGAGAGGGCUUCCGUACUCAGCAACAAGGAAGGAUGUGGUGGGCUUCUUUGAGGGCUUCGGGCUCACGGAAGGGAGGAUUCACCUGUUGGGGAAUGGGGAUGGGAGACCGGCUGGGGAGGCUAUUGUGGAGUUUGGGAGCGCGGAGGAGUCGAGGGAGGCUGUCAUGGCCAAGGACAGGAGGACACUCGGGAGCCGCUACAUCGAGCUUUUCCCGGCGUCUCGUGAGGAUCUGGAGGAAGCGGCUUCCAGGGGAAGGUAA